AUGGCCAAAGUUAUGCUUCCUGUUCUUCUUCUUCUCUCCGCAUUUCUUCUAGUGUCCACAAUACCUGGGGGUAUAAGUCCAGUGCAAGAUGUGAAGAACAAUAAGGAGGUGCAGGAUCUUGGAAGGUUCUGUGUGGAGGAGUUCAAUAGGCAACUCCUGCAGCACAGCAACGGCGGGGGAGAAAGAUUGGUAUUCUCGGAGGUAGUGGAUGCAUUGGAGCAGGUGGUUGCGGGAGUGAAGUAUUAUCUGAAAAUUGCCGCGUGGUCAAUGGAGAAUCGGGAAAUGGCCAUUUAUGAUGCACAGGUGAAUGAGAGAAGAAACCUCCUUGAGACACCAAAAACUCUUAAAGAAGUGUUGCACACACAAUCUAAUGAGAAUGCCAAGAUUGAGAAUGGAGAAUCGUCGGAUGAAGUUUCAAAGGAUGUUGACUGGAAGUUAAUACGUGCUGUUUAA